AGGUCACACGGUGUACCAUUCUGCUCUCUGCGCUCCUCAAACGCUGCAGCUGCCGUCAUCUUCCACACUGUCGCACAACCAUGGCGGACAGCGCAAGUGAGAGCGACACCGACGGAGCGGGGAGCAGCUCGGCCACCCCUAUGUCGUCCUCCGCUUCAAAUUCGGGGAAACCGAGCAUAGUGAUUUCACAGUUUCGUUUGGAGGAGCUGACGAACCGCCUGGCCUCGUUACAACAAGAGAAUAAAGUUCUUAAAAUUGAGCUUGAGACGUUCAAACUCAAAUGCAAAGCCCUGCAGGAGGAGAAUCGGGACCUCCGCAAAGCUAGCGUCACCAUUCAAGCAAGAGCAGAGCAGGAGGAAGAGUUUAUCAGCAACACCUUGUUCAAGAAGAUCCAGGCCCUUCAGAAGGAGAAGGAGACUUUGGCGGUCAACUAUGAGAAGGAGGAGGAAUUUCUCACCAAUGAACUGUCAAGGAAACUAAUGCAACUCCAGCAUGAGAAGGCAGAGUUGGAGCAGCACUUGGAGCAGGAGCAGGAGUUCCAGGUUAACAAGCUCAUGAAAAAGAUCAAGAAGAUGGAGAAUGAAACCAUUUCAAAGCAGCUAACCUUGGAACAGUUGAGGCGGGAGAAGAUUGACCUUGAGAACACAUUAGAGCAGGAACAAGAAGCCCUGGUGAACAGACUGUGGAAACGGAUGGACAAACUGGAGGCUGAGAAAAGAAUCCUUCAGGAGAAGUUGGACCAACCCGUAUCUGCUCCUCCAUCCCCAAGAGAUGUUUCCAUGGAGAUAGACUCACCAGAGAACAUGAUGCGGCAUAUCCGCUUCCUGAAGAACGAGGUGGAAAGGCUUAAGAAAAGCCUGCGCACCACUGAGCUGCAGCACACAGAGAAGCGUGCACAGUACAUCGAGGAGGAACGACACAUGAGGGAGGAAAACAUCCGUCUGCAAAGAAAGCUUCAGAGAGAAAUGGAGCGCAGGGAGGCCCUGUGCAGACAACUGUCAGAGAGUGAAUCCAGUCUGGAGAUGGACGAUGAAAGGUACUUCAAUGAGAUGUCUGCACAGGGCUUGAGAGCAAGGACUGUGUCCAGUCCCAUCCCCUACACCCCCUCCCCCAGCUCCAGCAGACCCAUAUCACCUGGUCUUUCAUAUGGCAGCCACACAGUUGGCUUCACUCCUCCAGCAACACUGUCCAGAGCUGCCAUCUCCCACUACAAUACCCCCGCCCUGCACGUCCAUGGAAGCUCCUCUCACGCUGUAGCGAGGCCCUCCCCAAGAAGAAGCACCAGCCCAGACAAAUUCAAACGUCCAACACCCCCACCUUCCCCCAACACGCACUCAGGGGCGCAGCAGGCUCAGCCUCCGCUACCCCCACCAGCUCAGCCCAUGGUCCAGUCCAUGUCCUCCCCGGCAGCUAUGUCGCAGCACGCAGCAGCAGCACAGCAGCCUCCCUCCCAGCCUUAAUGCAACACACAGUCUCUGUCUUUGCGCGUGAGCGCGCUCACUGAAUGCCACGACGCUACCGCAACAGCAGCUUCCAUCAUUACCAGCUCUGGAAGUCAAGUUUCUUACUCUUUACCAACUCCACAAAAGAAGCAGCUUCAAAUGUUUAAGAGAGGGAAGAAACAAGAUGGCGGCUAACCCUUAAUGAAGCUAGCCGCCUGCCAAAUCCACACGUGGCGUUACUUUACUCUUAAAAGGAAUGGAUGGACUGAAAAUUAAUUGCUUUUGGGAUUUGUAGGCCAAUUAUCUGUUCCACCUUCUGUCUUGUACAUGUUAUGAUUUUUUUUUUUCUUCGCUUGGGACUUUAGCUGGUUGGAAUUGUUGUUGUGACGCUUCUAAGAUAGCACAAACAGCACAUACAGUAUGUUUCAUGGUGGUGUUUUCUGAUUAGGUUGGAUGUUUGGAUCAGUGGAUGGAUGUAUGGCUAGAAAAAUUGAUAAAGUGAUAGAUUGAUGUGGUCGAUUAUUUUCAUGCCUAUAAUAUGACACUCGAUUGCAGUAAUGUCCACUCACCCUACCCCCUUUGUCGCUGAUGAAGUGUCCGAGCUCAACACAGCUUUGAUUAGGUCAACAAGAAGUGUCAAGACUGCUAGGAGUUUCUCCAUUAUAGGGCAUUGAUCAUACAGAGCUUGCGCCAGAGUUAUUUUAGUUUCUGAAAGUAUUCAAGCCUUUGCUGCUCUUCAGUUAAAAGGAAAAAGGAAAAAAAAGCAUCAAGGAUGGACACUGGUACAUAAACCACAGAUAAAUGUCGCCUUUUGAGGUGUAAAAAUGUAGUCUGAGGUAUUAACAACUUAGUCAUGUACUCAGUCUCUUCUCUGCUCUUCUGUCUCACUCAUCUCUCCCUGGUGUAUUUCUGAAAGCUUCUAUCAUCCUUGUGGAUAUUCCUCAUCAGAAAAAGGAAAAAAAAACAUAAUGCUCUUUACACUAAAUAUACAUACUGCUAAAACAUUCUAAAUGAAUGGUACUGUUGAACUAAAUUUCUAUGUAUGAUUAAAGCUCUUGAGAUGACAACUUCUGUUUUUAAUUGUCAGUUUUUACGGAUAGCAUUUGCUUCUCAUUUGUUAUGUGAGAAUGAGUUUAACCUAAGUACGCUUUGUGGACUUCAGAACUGUUGCAAGUAACAAUCAGUCUGUUCGUCGUGAUCAUUUCUUUCUUUCUGGCAGGAGACUGCGAUGUGAUGCACAUGCGGAAUUUGACAGAUUGCACAGGUUCCGAUUUUGAUCUUUUUUUUGUAUUUAGCUUCACUGGAAUGUUUCCUUGUGGAAAUCAUGAGGUACCACCAAACCCCUACAGUAGUUGAUGUAAAAUGUUUGUGCCUUAAAUAAAAAUGCACCGUCAAAGCUCA